AUGGCGGGGGGGAGACGCCCGGAAACAGAAACAGUCUCACUGUCUUCACUAGACCGCCUUCUCUCGUCGUGUUUACCUUCCCCACUGCGUAAAACUGCUGUUUUCCUCCUCCUCGUCGCCGCUGUGUGCAAGAACAUCCCUCAAACGGCGGCUGCGGGGCCGAUCGAAAUUCCAGCCCCCGCGCCACACGUUAUCAGAAAGCAGAGUUCGCGUGGAGUGUCGAACCAGCAGCACCUACCUUCCGAUGCUUUUUCUAAUCCCUCUUCUUUCACAGCAGUUGGGUUAGACGAUUUGUUACCUGCCCCCUCCACUGACGAACAAGUUCCAGGUUCUGACCGAGGGACGCAACAAAGUGGCCAGUCACGGAGACCAUUUGGAAAUGAUGUGGCGACCAGCGCGACAGGAAAUGAGGAGGCUGCACAGACGAAAAUUUUUCGCCAAGGCAGUGUUCGGAAGUCAAGGAAGCCCUCGCAUGCUCCUAUAGGCGCUGAGGAUGACGCGUCUACAGUGACAAGGUUCACCGACCCAACAGGAAGUCCUAACGCUGAACUUCCAUUCCUGGAGAAAGUUGUUGAGAGUAAGAGGGGCAGCACCGCCGGUGGACCUCGAGGUUCGCGAUCAAUCGCAAAGCGGAGAAGUCCUUUCAUUGCUGAAGUGAUGUGGCAGCAACCUUUCCAAAUUCCCCAGGACUUGCUGGAAACACAAGGGACGGUUGGAGCUGACCCGCAGAAGGCUGAGUGGGAAGACAAGAAGCCAGGGGAUCUGCUCGUUGAUUCUGUUCUCCCGAGCAUCGCGCCGGAACCACCCCACUUCGCGCUGGAAAACCCUGUAAAAAAACAGGGAUCGUCUGCUUCGCUGGGGUUGACCGACGGCGACACCAAGACGGGAGACAGCGCCGUCAUUGCGGAACAGGCUCCACAGGAAGUAGAACAGAAAGAAAGAUCAACCGGAUCUAUCCGACAGCCGUUGAUAGAUGCAAUGGCGUCUGUGGAUGCGUUGCCGAAUGCACCUGUCACAGCCGAGACCGAGAUUCCCAUGCUUCUGGGCUCAGCUGCGCCCGGUCGUGAUUUUGCCUCAGGCCCCGCAAGUUUUGAAUCCCCCCCCCCUCUGCCUCUUCCUCAACGAGAGUCCGACGUAUACUUGUGGGGAGGAAGCUUCUUUCCAGGCUUGCAAGGCACCACUGAUGGCAUGCUGGCGCAGCACCGAGGCGAUUCCACUAGUGCUCUUUUGUCUCUGCUCGCAGGUGACAAUACUAGUUUGGAGUCGCAGCAAAGCGACCCUCUCAAACUUUUACAGUGGGUUCAAAAGCCCCAUACAGUGACAGAAACCGACGCGCAUGGACUUUUGAACAUAGGCGGCAGCAACGCGCCCUUUCACGACUUCGGUGGACCCCUACAACUGCCACUGGUGGGCCUGCAGCCGACGCCUGCGUUCUCCUUUUCACGCACAACAGGAGAAAGUGGAGGCGAACACCAGCUGCCCGCGAGUAUUGAUCACUUUCUGAAGGGCCCUCCGCCUCUCAUGAAGCAAGCUUCGCCGUCUGUAGGAAUUGCAUCCGUGCUCAGAGAACGCGCUGAUCAGCCUGGGAUUUCCCCUUUCCGUGGAGAGGCGGCACCAGCACACAACGGGAGCACUCCUUCGACAGUAAAAUACAGUUCUAUGGACGCAUAUCAUGGGCUGAGCUCAGAGACGUCUCGUCCGCCUUCAGAGGUUCAGAACAGAGAGCUCACCCCUGCCACAGGCACUCCACCUUAUGGCGGGAACUACUCAGCUUCGUCGUCUGAGAUUCCUCCCCGACCCCUCUCUCUGAGCGAACAAGCUGAAAAAGCGGCAAAACUGGUGCGAGGUUUAUCCUCUGCCAACCCCCUUCCGCCGGAACUUCAAAUGGAGGAGCCUCAAAGGGACAUUCGAUUUCAGCGAACAGACCGUACUCAGCCGGGGGCGAGUGAACAUUCGGCGAAUGCACUUGAAGCUGAGGGGCGUCACGCUUUGGAGUCUAUUCCACCAAAGGAUACAUCCGGUCCUAGAACGAUCACGAGCCAGCGCAGUGGAGACAAAGGUGAAGGCAGUUCGAGCUACAACGCAGCUAGUGGAGUGACGCCCUCUGAAGAUGACCGCCUGAAGAGACCAAUGUCUGGAGCAGUCCACGCUCAGACACCUGAGUCCAAACAAAAGCGCGGAGUUCCCAGAUUCAAUAUGGGUGCACUUAGACGUACAGCCACUCCAGGCAUUCAGUGUUUUGCGACCUUCCUUUCUGCGAUUCCGGACGAAGAUCUGAAGCAGAAUUUGCUUGUAGUUGUUGAUCAAGACGCAGAACUCACUGAGACUUUUGCUGCGGUGUCGGAUUCAGACGAUGGCCGGCCCGUAUCGAGCAUUGUCUCGGCCCUUGACAAUAUUGGCUUCGCGUUGAGACGUUUGGGUAUUCCUAAGAGUGGAGAGGCCGUGUUCAAAGCCGGGAUUCUGGUACGCAAAUUUCGAUACUUGCUCGCGAUGUUUGCAGAGCGGCUUUCAUCUGGAAUAUAUCAGAGAGACACAGAAACAGUGCAGGAAUGCCUGAGCCAAGAAGUUUCAAGUGCACUACAUCGUAUUGUGGGAUAUUUCGAAACGCACAAGCGCGUGCUCGAACAGGCUGGGGUCCCGAGCAUCGAUAAGUUGUCUUCGGACAUUACGUUUUACAGGCGAAUUGAUAGACUUCUUGAAUUGUACUGCCCGCCAUACGUGGAAUUGGUUCAGCAUGAGGACGGCUCAAACGACCUCGAUUUCAGUCUCCUUCGCUCAAUUGAAACGGAUCCAUCGGCAAGAGAACUGAAGAGACAGGGACUCCUUGGUGAAUCUAGCGCGUCUGUGGAAAGCCAUACGGAGCCAGACAAGUCUCAGGCAAAGCAAUAUAGUUCCGGCGCUAAGAGCAGCAUGCCAAGGGAAGGACAGGAAGUCGGCGUAAGGAGGGAUCUGCACAGUGAAAGCCAGGAAGGUAACGGCAGCACCCGCCUGGCUGGAAAAGGACAUCAAGAACUUACCUUUGAACGGGAAGAAACGCCUGGAGGAGCUCACUUGCCCAGUAAGGAAGGACACCCGAAGGCAGAAGAAGCUGAACGAGAAGCGCCUUUUUCGGAAGAGAGUGCUCGAGAGAACAAGCUGCUCGCUGCCAUCAAAGAGCUACUCAGUGCCAACCGCCCGAGUUCAAGAUCACCUUCUGCACAUGAGCAAGCUCGACAGAGUGGCAGCUCUCGAAACAAUCCCGUGUCACCUACUGUCGUCUUGCAGUCAGUCACUGAAGGAAAAGAAAAAGGUCAACUUCCGGGUGAACCGCUUGCCACACCAAUGGCAAACGUAACCAAGAGUUUGCCUGUAAGUUCUUCUGCACGUACGGCUCACAAAACUAAUGAUGGGGACAAGUCAAGUGAGGUCACGCAUCUCGAGUCGGAGCAAAAACGCCAGGUGAAACAGAGACGGAAUGAUAAAAAAACAGAACAGACAACGUCGCACAGCAAGGGUCAGCCCGAUGUCUCUUCAGUUGCCGAGGUCACCUUGACGUUCCAGUUGAAAACUAAGACCAAAGAUGGCGACGCCAACAAUGAGACUUCUGCAUCUGGAGACGCUGAGGGCGGCAGACACCCAGACGAAGGCGUGGUAGCCGGCCCACGAGAAGGCAACGAGGACCUCCGCCAAAAGCCGAGCAAGAAGCUGGACGACGAGGGCGAGCAGAAAAGUAGCCGAUCCCAAAUCGGCGGUUCAAGCAGUUCUUCCGUCAGAGAGGGCAUUGCAGCCCUGAGAGAGGAGAACAGCGGCACAUCCGGGCCCGAGCUGCCAUCAGGGUCUCAUACGCAGGCAUCUGAAACAGCUUCGAAUAGUGCUGCUACAAGAAAGACAAGAUCGAGGAGUCAAGACGACGACGUCAACAUCCAGGCGAAACCAAGCAUCAUCCUGUCUUCGACGAAGGAUACAGGCGUCGGGAAAUCUGAAUCGUUGGUGACGCCACAAGUGCUCCGAUCUCGUGCAGUGGUCCUGACAGCUGAAGCGCUCGCAUUCCCUCAAGCCACCGAGACUGUCGUGAUGCCUGGACAGCAAGCAGUUGUGGCCGCACAACAUCGAGCAACUGCAUGGACUGGGACGGAUGGUUCACACGAACAAGCUGCGCCACGACGCCCUUAA